AUGAUUACACAGCAAGAAAAAUUCCAAAAAACAGAAAGCAUCGAAACAGAAGGAUGCCAGAAUGCAGACAAUGGAAAACCAGAGAUUAUUUGUUGCUACCAAGCAAAGAAAGUGGCCACAUACACAGACGGCUAUGGGCUGCCUGCCCGCGAGAGGCCGUGUGCUUCAGGAAUUGAGUUGGAAAAAAAAAUAAUUCCUGAAAAGCCCGUAUACAUACUUAAUAGAAAGGCAACAAUUCGAGGAAUUUCUCUGCCGAUUCUAGACGUAUUGGACACCCGAAACACGUUCCUGUGGGUUGAGGCCUACCGGCAGAUGAUGGUUGAGCACCAAUGGACUGAGGCCCAGGCGAAGCUUUUUUUUAAGCUUUCUGUGUCCAAGGACAUUUUGGACGGGGUUGUGGGAAACCCCAAGAAGCAAACUUUGCGCGACUCUGUGCGCAAGAUAUACGACAGGGUGUACACGCCAGAGAGCGUGGCGCUCCUGAAGAAAAAGAUCGAGUCUCUUGUUUCUGCGCGCUUUGAAACGCUCGAGGACUACAGGGACGAGCUUGCGCUUCUAAUUAGGUCGUACUCUGUGCGGGUUCUAGUUACAGAGGAGGACAGGAUGGUGAUGCAGAGGACACACUUCUGGAACGGCCUGUCUGCCUCCAUCAAAAGCAUUCUGUCCAGAAAGAUAGACAGCAGCUGCUCGCCGGACGAAAUCAUUCGGCAGGUCUUCCUGUUCAAGCAGAAGAUGUUCAUUCGCUACAAGCUGCCCGAAAAUUUUACAGGAGUAAUUUACAUAAAAGAAAAGCCGGAUGUAAAUGUGCACUUCCCUGUUCUGAACGACCCAGACAACAACGACUCCGACGAGCACCCAGUGGGCUUUGCAGCAGUGGACUGCUCCAAGCCCCAGAGGAGGUCAAAGGUCAUCCCCAUGCCCUCGAUGAAGGAGAGGCGGCAGCCGGUUCUUCCUGCGCUCAAAAAAAUUCCUGCAGGGCUCAUCAUAAAAAAUGACCUCCCAGGAACCCUCCGGGAAAUAGCGAAAAACUACAGCCAUAGGAAGACAGAGAGAAUCUUCAAAAAGCCUAAGAUUGGGCGGACUUUUGUGAUCUACACUGGGUGCGUUGAGGGCUGGAUUGUGGGGCUGCUGAUCCAGAAAAAGGUCGCCGUCUCCAUCUACAAGGCGCCGCUGGCUGCCUCUCAGCAAUUUUUUACUGAGACAGAAAAGUGCAUUCUUGCUGUUGACAGAGCAAGAGCCGCUUUUCAGGACAUAGUUGGCGACUCGCCCGUGGUCUUUGCAAGCGAGCAAUACAAGUCUUUCAUCUACACAACAGAGUCCGGGAUGAGCUUCGUGGAUUCAGUGGAAAUGCCAGACUGGGCAUAA